CGUGGAAGGCAGUACUUUCGAAAAAGCCGCUAUAUAGACCACAGUCGACGGUCUUUACCGCUAUAGAGCUCAGUAGAGUUACCUUGCAACCUAACAAUUGCUUAUCUUUUCGCGACAGCGUCCAUUGUACGUUACGUACGAACGGUUGAAAAAAACUUUUUUCUGUAGGAGAUGAAGAGUACAAUUGUCACGACACCUGACAGUGAAGAAAGCAUCCUACCGUCCGCACUCCCGAUGCCGGAUGAAUCGCCCAAUGACCCCAUCUUGAAUGCCGGAGGUCCCAGCUACGUAGAAGGAAAUGGCGAAACAACGGUGGAGAUCUAUUUGGACAUUGUCCUGGGUGUCUUGUUUCUACUGACGGCUAUUGUAGCGGCUCGCCGCAUGAGCACGUUGCGACGGCAGCCGCAGCAAUCGAACUCAUCCAGCAGUAGCAGUACCAGUAGCUCUACCGGAGGUGCCGAAAGGGUCGUUAUCACGGCUUUCUACAGUCUCAUCUUGUUGACUUCGGUACUGCGCGCCACUUGGUUUCUCAUACCCGCCUCGACCUGGCAACCCUCCUACGUUCCCGUCGCGGUCUACGCAUGGGACGCCGCCCAUCCGAGUUGGGUUGGAGCCAUGUUGAGUGAAGUCGUUGUUACGGCAGGAUCUAUCGCCCUCUUUGCCAUUUUCAUUUUAAUACUGGUAUACUGGGCGGAUAUUUUGGAAAAGUACUUUCACCCGGGAUCCCGACGUAGUGUCCCCAUGGUCAGCUUUAUCACGCGCCUGACGGUCCUCCUCGCAGCCGAGGCUAUCAAUAUCGGUUGUUUCCUAUGCCAGCUCUAUACCACGGAGGGAAUGGUUCUCGUUAAUGCCGUCCUACUCGCGAUCGUAUCCGUUGUAUGCGUUUGUCGAAUUACCUUUUUCAGCCACCGCUUCCGGACCGUGCUGAAAACUCUCGGCGCCAUCAAUCAAGUCUCCACGGAUUCGCAAGUACGCCGGAUCGUCUGGAUAACCGUCACGGGCAACGCAUUCUUCUUCACCCGCGCCUUUCUGGAAUCCUACUUUUGUGCCGUCCUGGUGCGCUACUGGCACACACACGGCACGGUCGCCAAGGUGUUUUCGCAUACCUGGUGGGAUAUCUAUACUGUCGUCAAGUACGGUUCCGAAUGGACAAUUCUCGCCCUCAUGUUCUACAUAUUGCAAUCACGAUUCAAUUCGACGGCGAGUGCAACCGGUGCGAACGGGAAUGCUUCCAAAAGUGGCUACCGACCCGUUCCCAACGCCCAAGACGGCGACGCGGCUGUCGUCGUCUAA